AUGAAUGGAAGAAAACGACAACGAUGCAAUUCAACGGAUAACUAUGAUAAUGAUGGUGCAACAGAAAAGUUGCAAUGCACUUCUGGCUUAGCAACGUCAAUCAAUAAAAAUAAAAAUUGCAAUACUUAUUUCGAAGAUCUUUCCAAUGAACUUAUCUACGAAGUUUUUGAUUAUCUUGAUGGUUAUCAUAUCUAUGAAGAUUUUUUCAAUCUUAAUACACGAUUUCAAAAUCUUUGUACACAUUCACAUCUUUCAAUUGAAAUGGGUAUUGCAUAUUUAUCUAAAUCAACAUUUCAACAUUAUUAUAAUCAGUUCAUCCUACCGAAUAAACAUCAAAUUCAAUCCCUUCAUUUAUCAGAUAUAUUCAUUAUUGAUUUCUUUUCUUCAUUAAUCGAAAAUAUCUCAAAAUGUUCUCAACUUCGAACACUUCUUCUGGAUAAAAUGGAAUCAAAAUGUCUUGAACAUCUUCUUAUUGAUUUAUCUUCUUUACCUAAUCUCUCUUCAUUAUCUAUUCAUGUUGGUUAUGGUUCAAAUAAAAUGACUAUAUAUAAUCAAAUAUUUCAAUUACCAGCAUUAAAAUAUUGUAAAAUUGCUUUUGAAGAAAAUCUUCCAUUAGGACCAUUACCUUUGUCUCCUAAUCUAUCAAGUCCUAUUCAACAUUUUGUUAUUAUUGAUAACGUUGAUCUUGAUGAAGUUAAUAUUAUUUUAUCAUGUAUUCCAAAAAUUCGUCGUUUAUCAAUAACAUAUCGAUCUGAAUAUUUCUCACAAGAAGCAGUCAUAUUUCUAAUGAUAUUAAAUAAUUCAACACGUAUUUCUGUCACAGGAAAUCGUCUACCACAAAAAUGUAUUAAAGAAUUUAUCAAAAAAUAUUCUCAUGAAAUUAAAGUAUUACAUGUUUCGUCAACGCGAUAUUCGACCCAUUUUGAGACAUGGGAAAAAUCUAUUUUACCUUAUAUACGACAUUUGCAUGCUGUCGAUGUUCAUGAAACAACACUAGGACUCUGUGACAAUAUUGUAAAAAUUUAUCAAUCUGUUUAUGAUCCUUAUAUAUCAUCAUUGCCACAUAUACGACAACGAUUCUUUACUCAUGUACCGAUGUCUGAAGAGUUUUUGCAUGAAAUGUUUUGUUCUAUUCGUCCAUAUAGAAAAAAAUACUUUUCAUUGAGUCGUGAGGCAAAUGCCGUCAAGUAAAUGCCCGAAAAAGGUCCAUGUACCGAUCUAACAUGUGAUAAUGAAAUCAAAGAAUUAUAUGAAUGUCAUUGUUGUUUACGUCUUGUUUGUUUUUAUCAUUUGAGUAAACAUAUUGAAAUAGUAAAAGAAAAUAAACAACGAUUAGAUAAUCUUCGUAAUGAAUUAAAUACAGUUGUAUAUACACUGAAACUAAUUAUCGAACGUGAACAAAAUUUGGUUGAACAAGCAAAAAAAAUUUUUGACGAACCCAGCAGUUCAAUAGAUGAACUAAAAAAUAUUAUCGAAAAAAUUAAUCAAACAAUAGCAUCAAAUCGUUCAGAAGAAAUCACAGUGAAAGUCGAAUCGUCAUUAUUAGAAACUAAAUAUUGUUCUUGUGUUUGCAAAUGUAAUAAGGAAAACAUGAAUUCAAACGAUGUAACAGAAGAAUUGAGAAUCUCAAAAGAUGAUGAAUAUUCAACAGAUAUCAAUCAUGAUUCUAUUGAUGCUGUUUCAAUGGACGAAACAACGAAUUCAAUUGAGGAUCAACAUGUAAAUGAAGAAAAUAAACCUAAACAAAAACCAUAUAGAAGAAUUUUUCGUAAAUGUCCAUUAACAUUUAAUGGAGCAUAUGGUCUUACUGAAGCAAAUCAUUCUAUUGAAUUUUGUAAGCAUGAACAAACUCGUCAAUUCGAAUUAUAUAAUCAUUUCAUUCAAAAGCAUCGAUUAAAAAAAGUUUAUGCUCAACGUUUAGUACGAGCUGUUGUUGACGGUCAAGAUCCUAAAAUAACAAAAUUAUUCGAUGAAAACGAAAAUGUAAUUAAUCAUUUUUAUAAAGUCCCAUGUCCAAUUUGUUGUGGACAAAUUAAUUCAUCAGAAUAUAAUGGACAAAAUAGAGUAACUGUAACAUGUCAACCUCGAUUUAUUAUACUUCAACAAUUAAAACAACAUUUACGACGUAAUCAUAAGAUUUCUAAUUUGUUGGCAAACAAGUUAGUUGAUGAUAUCAAACAAAAUCAAACAAAAAAUGAUAGUGAUUCGGUUCUAUUAGUUCCCUCAACAUCGUCAAAAUAA